AUGAGCCAACCAAUUGGACUGACAACGAUCCCCAGGCUACUGCCUGUUACGGGCACAUUCGCGCUACCAUUCACAAUCUACUACGCAUUCCUUAGCCUUCGUGUCGUCAACGAGCGUCUGAAAUCGAAGCAAUACUUGGGCGACAACUCCUCAAAGCCUGGAGCAGACCCCGAAUCAUACAAGGCCAAUGCACUUUACCUUGCCGGCCGAUCGCAUGUCAAUUAUAUCGAAAACGUGCCGCUUGCUUUCAUCCUCGCUUCACUGAUCGAGGUCAAUGGAGGCAACCGCAAGACCCUUAGCUGGCUGCUCGGUAGCUUCUUUGCCUUUCGUGUGCUGCAUGCUGAGCUUGGGAUUAUGAAGCCCGAAGGCAUGGGCAAGGGCAGACCCAUCGGCUAUUUCGGUAGCAUCGGUGUUCUCGGUGCCUUGGCUGGCUAUGGGGCCUUCUUGGUCAAGGGAUACUGGGGAUACUAA